UUGGGGCCGUCAUGAUCAUGAACGUCUUGCGCCGGCCGCAGCCCCUCACGCGCCAUGCGCGGAGCUUUGGCAUCGCCCACGACGAGAUCGUGGCCCUCGCGCAGGUCUCGCCGACGCCGCUGACGCUGCAGCAGAUGAAGACGUUCGCGACGAACGGCCCCGAGCUGCGGCUCAAGGCGGCGGCCUUUCUGCACAAGGAGCUGCAGAUCCGCUUUGCGCGCGCAAUUGUCGAGCUCUCGGAGCUGCCGAUUGGGCUCAACGAGACAAAAGCCGUUCAAAUGGCCAUCCGCAACUACACGGACCACCUCGAGAGCGUGCGCGCGGCCAAGGUCCCGACGACGCUCGAAGAAGACGCUGUGUUUACGACCAUGAUCCGCGCCAUGAAGAAGCGCGGGUCCAACUUGGUGCCGCUUAUUUGCGGCGGGCUCCAAGAAGUGAGCCACACGGAAGAGGGCCGUAACGCGCUGCGUCUCCAAGAGAUCCAAGACAGCGUCAACACGCGCUUGGACACAUUCUUCCUCUCGCGCAUUGGCAUUCGCAUGCUCAUCGGGCAGCACUCGACGGACGGUGGCCGCGUCAAGCUCUGUGAUGUGCAAGACAUUGUCCGUGAAGCGACCGAGCGGGCGAGUGCGCUCUGCGAACUGUACUGCGGCACGCCGCCCAAGGUCAUCGUCAAGGUCGCUGCGAACGGCGCAGCGCCCUUCAUGUAUGUGCGCUCGCACUUGCAUCACAUGGUGUUUGAGCUGCUGAAAAACUCGAUGCAAGCCACGGUUGAGCUCUACGGCCCCAAAUCGCCGCGCCGCGAAACGUGCUCGGUCAUGGACACCAAGCCCAAGAUGAACCACAUGAGCCCUCUCCUUGGCUUUGUCAUUCCCGAUAUGGACCAUUUGGACGGUAUCUCAAUCUUCCCGCACCACGCCAACUCGCUGCGGGGCGACUUGCCGCCCAUCACGGUCGUCAUCUGCCAAGGCCAAGAAGAUUUGACCAUCAAGAUCUCGGACGUGGCUGGCGGCGUCCGUCGCAGCGAUUGGCACCGUUUGUGGUACUACAACCACACGACGGCGAGCCAGGAGCCGCCGCAAGCGCUCGCGACUGGCGAUUUUCGCGAGCAUUUCAGCGGCGGCGGCUACGGGCUGCCGAUUGGCCGGCUCUUUGCGCGGUACUUUGGCGGCGAAAUCACGUUCCUCUCGUCCGAGGGGUAUGGCUCGUCGGCGUUCAUUCAAGCGCACCGCCUCGGGAAACAAACCGAGCUCGUGCCGGGCCACACCAACUUUACGCUCCAGCCGCUUAAAUUCUAAGGCCCACUCCGCAACAAUUUAUACAUUGGUCGUCCACUUCACAGACAUAUUGUCCACACAACGCUCGACGCGUUCAAAUUCAACGACUGCCCAC